UUAUGUGCUCACUUCUGGCAAAAAUAAAGCAAAAGCAACCAAAGUUAGUAAAUCAAUUAAGAAUUUAAAUAUUCGCAAUACAAUAAAUAAAAUCUAAAGAACAAAGAACAAAAAAGUGAAUAAAGAGAACUAAAGCAAAUAUAUGACACAAAUUCUUAGUAAUAUUUACUAAUAAUGGUGCUAAGAUUCUUUACUUCUAACUCUCAAACUUGACUCAAAACCCUAACAACACUCAUGCUUCCCAACUUUUUUGUCACACCAAAUUAAAAACUAAACCAAAAUUUCCCCUUACACAAAUAACCAAAAUGAGUCACCCUAAAAAUUCUACAACCCAAAUACUCACUCUCCUAAUACUAACCUUAGAUGUGUUAGUCUCUUCUCAAUCAUCCCUCUGUAGGACGUCCUGCGGAGGGAUUCCGAUUAACUACCCUCUAACCAUUGAUGAUGGGUGCGGUAGUCCAUACUACCGCCACAUCUUGGUGUGCUCCGGAGAUGUCCUCCAACUCCGGACCCCUUCAGGCCGGUACCCCGUGAAGUCAAUUAGCUAUUCGGAUCCCCACAUUUUGGUCUCGGACCCUCUUAUGUGGGAGUGCAAGGAUGAAGACCGGUUUCGGCCCACUAGACCAUUUAGCUUGGACAGCAGCACGCACUUGUCUCUAUCCAACCAGAAUGAGUAUCUCUUCUUCAAUUGUAGCCCUGAUAAGGUCAUCAUGGAGCCCAGGCCGAUGUUUUGCGAGAGGUUCCCUGAUCGGUGUGACACUACAUGUGAUCCCGCAAGCUACCUAUGCUGGCAUUUCCCGCAAUGUGCCCCAAAAAAUAAGGCCUUAAGAGACCUCUCUUGUUGCUCUUACUACCCUAAGGCGACCGAAUCCUUAAGGAUGAUGCUCAAGCAGUGUGAUACUUAUACUAGUGUUCACUGGAAGAGUGUUGGCGGCCUAGGGACCUCACGACCCUACGAUCAAGUGCCCGAGUAUGGUGUGAGAGUCGACUUUGAGACCCCGCUCACGUCGAGCUGCCUUCGUUGCCAAGACCGUGCUAAGGGACGAGGUACUUGCGGGUUUAAUACCACAAACCAAGAUUUCUUAUGUUUGUGUGAGGAAAGAAAUGUCACUACUUAUUGUAAAGAUCAUCAAGUUGAAAGACACGGUGGACAUACUAAGGCAGUCGCAGGAACGGUGACAGCAGCAUCAAUAGUAGCAGUAGGAAUUGGGGCAGGCAUAUGGUACUUGAAAAAAUCGAAGAAGAGGUGGCACCACAAAAUCGCAAUAACUCAGCAAGAGGUCGUCAUCUUCAACAGGGAGAGGACCAAAAGCUUGGGUCUUUGCUGACAAAGAUUCGAGAAUCCUGAUAAAGAGAG